AGGUAUACAAUUAUUUAUGCAUUCUAUCAAUAGACAAUCUAGAACCAACAACAAAUGAGAAUGUCGUUCCGACCAGGGGUUCCAGGGUCAAUUUUUGCUACCUCAGUAGUUCAACCUGUUCGACAACCUCCUAUGAUGGUGCAAGUAGCACCAGUUCGUCAUGUUACCGUUUUACCUGCAAACAGCGUUGGAGUUGUCAUGAGACCUGUUGUUAACCCAUCAAUCCAUACGAUAGCUGCACCACCAAGACCACAAAUUGUUAGAACUUUCAGCGCAACACAUGCUAUUAUUUCAAACUCUGUAGCAGUGCAACAGCAAGCAGCUGCCAGAAUGAAUGCUAAAGUUGAGGCAGCAGCGGGGGCAAAUGCUGCAGCUAUCCCUUCUGGAACAACUAAUCCUGCUGUCACUGUCUUCGUUAGUAAUAUCACGGAAAGAGCAUCAGACACGCUGGUUCGACAAAUACUCAUGAAAUGUGGAACAGUAUAUGCUUGGAAAAGGGUUCAAGGAGCAUCUGGAAAAUUACAAGCAUUUGGAUUUUGUGAAUAUAAAGAUGUAGAAUCAGCUCUUCGUGCCAUUUAUCUUCUUCAUGACUUUAAACUUGGUGAUAAAAAACUCCUUGUUAAAGUUGAUGCAAAAACACAAGAGAUUAUCAAUAAAUGGAAAGAAAAUAAUGGAAUUAAAACUCCAGAAGAUGGAUCCGAGGCUCCACCUCCCAAUGUAGACGAAUCAAAAGCAGGUUUGGACUUGCUAAUGAAAGAAUAUGCUGCUGAACUUAACACGUCUGUCUCGACACAUAAUGAACCAGAACCUACACCCGCUGCCCCUGUACAAAGAAUGGAGGAACCCAUGGUGCGGGAGUCGCAUAAUGUGGAAGAAAAUUUGAAGGAUCUCGACCUUGAAGAUAGUGAAAAAGACUUCAUAAGUAAAGAAAUAAGAUCAUUUCGUGCAGCACAAAAACAAAAAGAAGAGGAAAAAAAGAAGGAUGACGAAAAAAGAAAGAGAUUAGAAAAGGAAAAAGAGAAACGAGAUGACGAUCGGGAUAGAGAACGGAGUCGGCAUCGUGAAAAAGAACGAGAUGAGAGAGAACGAUCUAGAAAAAAGGAUCGCAGUCGAACUCCACAAAGGAGAAGGGAACCAUCUCGAACUCGCCACAGUAGAUCACCAGUUACAAGGAUUCGUAGGAGCAGAACACCAGUGAGAUCAAGUCGGCCACGUACACCACCAAGAAGAAGGUCACGAAGCAGGUCAAAUCACAGAUCUAGUUCUCGUAUUCGCAGAAGUCGAUCAAGGUCACCCAGGAGACGGGAUGAUGACGAUGAAGAUGAUGAAAGUUAUGAAAGAAGGAGACUCGAACGUAAAAUUCGAGAAAAGGAACAAGCUUAUCAAGAACGUUUAAGAGUGUGGGAAGUUCGCGAACGCCGACGUAAGCGAGAAUAUGAGAAAAGGGAUGAACGAGAUUUAAUACUUCGUAAGGAAAUGUUGAGAGAGGCAAAACGUUUGCAAGAAUUCCUUGCAGACUACGAUGACUUGAAAAUGGAUCCCAAAUAUUAUACUGGUGGUGCAAUGAUGAAACGUAGAAGGGAAUGGGAACGAGAAAAUGAUGCUGACAACAAAGACCGCAAAAAGGAGCAAGAAGAGAUUGAUGCUCUCAGACAAAAAUUGGUCGAGGAAAACCAUCCAGACCCAGAAGCGGCAAUCGCGAAAGCUUUGAAGGAAACUGAAAAUGUAUGGCAGCCAUUACUGAAACCUGACACUCCACCACCUGUGAAGAGAGAAUCUUCUGUGAAAAAGCGAACUUCGUCGAGUUCUUCUUCAUCAUCUGGUUCGGACUCGGAGUCAGAAAGGGACGAAAAAUCCGGAUCUAACUCUAGUGAAAGCGAGGCUGAAUCUGAAGAAAAAUCCUCAAACGGACCUCGACUUGUCUCUGCUAAUCUUGUUCCUGUUGUGGAUGAACCUGCUACUUCAUUUAAGAAAGGCACAUUCAAUACUUUCGAAGCGAUUUCACACAAUGGUAAUGAUACCCCAGAAAAUUCUGGAGAGAUAAAAAUGGAAUAUGAUGAGCAAAGCUUGUCACCGACAGCCUACCCUAUUGCUCAAAACAUUCCUAAAACCGAGCCAGUCAUGCAGCUUCCAGGAGGAAAUCAACGCAAAAAACUCAAAGUAUCUGACGUUUUCAAUCAAGAUGAUGAUGAAGAGGAAGUUCCCAGAAAAAGAAAACUGGUUCCGCUUGAGUAUACCCAUGAGGAGAAAAAUGCAGUUCAUCCAGUGCGUACAUCGGAAGACAAGCGUAAGUUGGUACGUGCAUUGAUAGAUAAAAUACCUACGAAAAAAGAAGACCUUUUUGAUUUUAAUCUCGAUUGGUCACAAGUUGAUGCCAACUUGAUGGAUAAAAGAAUUCAGCCUUGGAUAACUAAAAAAAUUGUGGAAUAUAUUGGCGAAGAAGAACCCACGUUGGUUGAAUUCAUAUGCAGCAAGAUUAUGUCAAAAAGUCCUCCUGAACGAAUUUACGAAGAUGUUUCCAUGGUGCUUGAUGAUGAAGCUGAAGUUUUUGUAGUAAAGAUGUGGAGACUGCUCAUAUAUGAAACAGAGGCCAAAAAGGAAGGCUUGACAAAAUAGUAAAAUUUAACAAAUCAUACAUAUAUAGACCAAAUUGCGAUGGGCGACACUCUCCCAAAUUUAUCUAAAACUGCCGUUUAGAGAGAAUUGCUGAGUGACAUUGUUAAAAAGCAGCCAGAACUAUGUAUGAGAAGUCUUUGGUUGAACCAUAUGAAAAUGAACAAAUUAAGCUUGCUGAUUGUCGGUAACAUUCUGUUCACGGAGAUGCGAAUUUCAUGCAGUAGAACCAAAUUAUGUCUCAUUUAAGGUUUUGAGAAAAUCACAUUUUUGUUAUUUUCGAAUCUGUAUAGUCAAAACCAAAAAUAUACAUACGGCAAUACCCAAAUUCAAAACCAAAACAGGUUCAACUUUGGAACCCAAAAAUCGGUCCAUAAUGAGAGGAGAUAACUAAAAGUCUCCUGAAAAAUGUGACAUAAGUACUUUGGUUUUACUGUCUCAAAUUUGGCUUCAUAUUACUUUACGUUACCAAUGAUUUAUUAAUCGCAUUUCAUGAUAAUAUAGGAAGGUAGCUGUCUCAUUAUGGAGAAAAUGACAUGAAAUCAGUAAUAAUCACACAAUUUAUUUGCAAAUUCAAACUGUCAUACGAAAAAUUGAUUGUGAAGUUCCACCUUGCUAAAACUCCAUUCCUAGCUACAAUUCUGGAAAAUAUAAUUAUGAUCAUGAUAAGUGUGCCACCUUGCUAUUUUUAUAAUAAACACCACUGCUAGAAUAUUAUGUUAGAAUUAUUCCAAUAUUCGGUUUCGUCUUAGAGAUGUACCAAUAUAGCAGUAUUUGCUAUAUCAACGAUGUCUGUAUUGGCUUGAAGGGUAAAAUUACAGGAUACAACUACAUUGCAGAAUAAAAUCCGACUGACUGAAAUCAUCCUUUAAAUUCAAAUUAUUUUGGAUUGCGUUUUUAGGUUUGUUAUCGAAAUAACGAAUUGUUAUAUUCAGCUUGCUUUGGAAAGUUUAUAUUAGCAUGAUUAUUCAUUAGAUGUUUUGUAAAGGCCAAUUAUAUACUAAUUUGCAAAUACUGGUUUGGGAGCACCAAUCUAAUUAUAAGUUGAUUGUAUUUUCCGAUGGUUGUCAACUAAUAUUGGUACAUCUCUAUAUGCAUCAUUAUACAUAUGGAGGUUUUGAUGGAAAUUUCAUAAUUUGAAAUAACUUUAUCGCUGAUGCUUUUCUACUUGUGUUUAUAGGGCUGCAACAUUCCUAAAAUUAAGAAACAACGGAAAGUUUUAUGAUUUUUCUGAAUUGAUUGGUGAAAAAAUUCUUACUGAUUGAAUAUCUUAUUCCAAUUCCCCUGCUUCUACAGACUUAUUCAUUUAUGCUUGUUUGUGACUUUAAAUCUCGCCAGCAAAAUGUUUUAUUGACUGCAGCAGAAUUCAUGUUGGAUAUUUCAUCACUGGGUACUUGCCACAGCAUCACAACAUUUAUGCAGUGCUUGGCAUCGAUUUAAACCCAUAUGUUGGGAGAAUUUAUUUUAUGAGAAAAUAUCUGUACGAUUUAGCUUGAGUUGAAAGAUGGGAGCUCUUAGUUGGACGGUGGGGUAUAGUGUGCAGAAUCGAAUAUUGUGCCCCGUACUUAUUUAAUUUUGUCACAAUGUUGUGAUUUGUGAAAUACUAUGUUAUUUAAAACUGGUCAUCAUCACACCUGACUAUUGGUAUCUCGUAGUGAAACGGUGCGAUUUAUUUGGUUUGUUUCUGUAUUGUGCACUCAUCCACACAAUCUAAAAUACUGAAUUAUUUGCAACAUUUCAUCUUCCAAAUCAAUUCCUUCUUGUUCAUGUUCUCAAAUUCGCGUAUAUAAAUAAAGAUUAUUUUGAAAUUAGACUCACCAGAGCUAAACACAGGUUAAUGGAUUGUAUUUUGUGCGCUGCUGCUUAGGGAUGACUUGUCAAACCAUUUUUUAUUUCUCUUUGUAAUAAACAAAAACUUUGGGAUUUGUUCUUA